UCUCUUUCUCCGUAGGUGCCAGGCAGCCUGCAGAGGCCAGUAAAGAUACCUGGAGUAUGAGUCAUUGGUCAGACACCCUUCCUGUGCCCUCCGGCCAGAGGAGAGACCAGGUCCCUAGAGACCACAGCAUCUAUCCCCAGCUGCUGGAGAUAACACUGCACUUGCGGCAAGCCAUGAGGGAGCAUUUUGUGCAGCUGAUGAGCAGACAGGGGCUGUCACUGGAGGAAAGGAGGCACACACAAGCCAUCCGUGAGAAGGAAGCCCUUCUGAGUUGCUUAAUAUGCCGGAUGAUCAACCUCCUACAGUCUGAGGCCGCAAGUGACCUGGAGCUCCAAGUGCCUCUUCCUUCUGAGGACUCUAGGGGUGAUGUCAAAUAUGGGCAGAGGGACCAAUUGUCUGGGCAGCCUGAUCCAGUUCCCCAACUGAGUGACUGUGAAGCUGCCUUUGUCAGCCGUGACCUAUCCAACCGUGGGAUUGACAUCUCUGUCUUCUAUCAGUCAAGCUUCCAGGACUACAAUGCCUACCAAAAAGAUAAAUAUCAUAAGGACAAGAACACCUUGGGUGGAGCAAGAGGACUGACCUGAUCUUGGAUUCCUUCCAUCUCCAGGGCUUCAUUAACCUUGGCACCAGUGAGAACAAGCUCUGCAUGGAUCUGAUGACUGAAAGAUUGCAAGAAAGGGACAUGAACUGCAUUGAGGACGCCUUGCUGCAGUACCCUGAUUGGAGAGGGCAGCCGUUCCUGCGGGAAGAAGUGGCCCGGUUCCUGACCUACUACUGCAGGGCACCUACCCGACUUGAUCCAGAAAACGUGGUUGUUCUAAAUGGCUGCUGCUCUGUCUUCUCUGCCCUGGCCAUGGUUCUAUGUGAUCCAGGCGAGGCCUUCCUGGUCCCUGCUCCCUUCUAUGGUGGCUUUGCCUUUAGCUCCCGCCUGUAUGCAAAGGUUGAGUUGAUUCCUGUCUACCUGGAGAGUGAGGUCACUGUUACAAACACUCAACCUUUCCAGCUCACUGUAGGCAAGUUAGAGGAAGCCCUGCUUGAAGCUAGGCUUGAGGGGAAAAAGGUCCGAGGCCUUGUGCUAAUCAACCCUCAGAAUCCUGUGGGUGACAUCUACUCCCCAGACUCGCUAAUGAAAUACCUGGAAUUUGCCAAGAGGUAUAACUUACAUGUGAUCAUAGAUGAGAUUUACAUGCUGUCUGUGUUUGAUGAAUCCAUCACAUUCCACAGUGUUCUGAGCAUGAAAAGUUUGCCUGAUCGCAAUAGGACCCAUGUGAUCUGGGGUACCAGUAAGGAUUUUGGCAUCUCUGGCUUCCGCUUUGGUGCUCUGUAUACCCACAACAAGGAGGUGGUCUCUGCUGUGAGUGCCUUUGGCUACCUCCACAGUAUUUCUGGCAUUGUACAGCACAAGCUGUGUCAACUGCUCCACAACACAGAAUGGAUUGACAAAGUGUACCUACCCACCAAUUGCUACCGGCUCCGGGAAGCUCACAAGUACAUCACUGCCAAGCUGAAGGCAUUGGAGAUCCCCUUUCACAACAGCAGCUCUGGCCUCUAUGUCUGGAUCAACUUGAAAAAGUACCUGGAUCCCUGUACAUUUGAAGAAGAACGGCUCCUCUAUUGCCGCUUCCUGGACAACAAGCUGUUGUUAUCCCGUGGCAAAGCCUACAUGUGUAAGGAGCCAGGCUGGUUCUGCCUCAUCUUUGCAGAUGAGCUCCCCCGGCUAAAACUGGCCAUGCAUCGGUUCUGUGAUGUGCUGCAGGAGCAGAAGGAGGCUUUGAUAGUGAAGCAGUUGGAGGAUGCAAUGAGGGAGUAGGCCGUCUGCCUCCCAACCAGCAGUUCCAGCCCAUCACUUGCUCAGGGACCCACUAAU